ACGAGCCGAUCAGUGGCGAAGAGGAUAAAAGUAAAAGUACAGUAAAAAGUCACUGGGACAGAACCAUUAGUAUUCUGGGACAGCCUCUGUCAAUCUGUGAAAUGGUUGCUCAGUCAGGUACAAAGCUAUGUAAUUCUAGAACAAAAUCACUAGGACAAUUAUUGCCAUAUUUGGACAGAACCACUUUAAUUCUAUGACUCACUACUACUUUGUGACAAUCGGUUAUUCUGUGACAACCAGUGUUACUUUGUGCUAACCACUGAUAUGGGGAAGUCACUGGUAUUCUGGGACAGAACCACCAUCAUUCUUGGACAGAACCACUAUCAUUCUUGGACAGAACCACCAUCAUUCUUGGACAGACCACCAUCAGUCUGGGACAGAACCACCAUCAUUCUGGGACAACCACCAUCAUUCUGGGACAGAACCACUAUCAUUCUUGGACAACCACCAUCAUUCUGGGACAGAACCACUAUCAUUCUUGGACAACCACAAUCAUUCUGGGAUAGAACCACCAUCAUUCUUGAACAGAACCACAAUCAUUCUUGGACAGAACCACAAUCAUUCUGGGACAGAACCACUAUCAUUCUUGGACAGAACCACCAUCAUUCUUGGACAACCACUUAUAUUGUGAAACAGAAAGCCAUUCAUUUUAUUUUAAAACUUAGUUACUUCUUCUACAAGGUUAUUACACCAUUCUGGAAAUUAUCAAUGACACCAGAGUUCAAUUUAAUUUACAAUAUUUUGUUUAGUUUUCAUAUAUCUUUAUUAGAUGAAAUGUGUUUGUUGGUGUAUACAAAUUGCAGGAAAAAAAAAGAUCAGACAGACGAACAUCCAACUUAAAUGACGUCAUAUAAAAAUAAAGCUGUGAUUGGCUGAGCCGAGGGAUGGAUCAGCUGUUUAGUGUUUACGCAACAGUUCACGAGGUCAGUUGUGUUGUGGUAGGCAGUGUAGGAUGCAACAGAGUACAUUAUUGCGGACACACCAGCUGGUUCACCGGUGGGGCCAGAGCUGUGGCAAUUGUUCACCAAUUCUACAAUAUUUUGUGCAGUAUCCCUUACACUUCUCUGCUGCAAUUGCUCUCUUUGCCAAUAUACACACUUGGAAGUCAGUCACCAAAGGCAAAGAAACAAGUGAACUAAGGAAAGAUGAGAAGUUAGAUUCAAUCAUAUACCAGUUUCAGAAGACACUGUUAAAAGUAAAGGACAAAAAAAUUGGGUACUCUAAUAUACAAGGCUCUCAGACUGUUACACUGCCAGUUGCAUAUAAUUUGAAAAAUAAGAGAUGUAAGGGACCACUUGGUAGCCUUUACAAUAGUAAAAAUGAUAAUAUUAACCAUACUGACACUCCUAUUAACUGUAGCAUAGAAACUAUAAAUGCUACAAAACAUUCAGGAAACAAGAAGCAGUUAGAUAUAGUAAGCACACCAGAUGAAAAAGAAUAUUUACAUUAUUCUAGAGAAAAAAGAUUUAUAGAAAAUUCUGCAUAUAAAGAUGAAAGAAACAGUGAACUAGCUGUUGUUGCACCCAUAGAUGAUACAAAAAGUGAUUUACAAAAAAGAAAAGUAACUGUUUAUGGGGAAGGUGUACAAGAUCACCCACUUCAACCCUUGGUCCGGCCAAAGAUUCUUACUUGUGAAGAACAGUCUCUUGUUCAUGAUCUUCUGGGAUCUGUACAACACACCAAAAAAAUAACAGCAAUAGAAACUUUUACCAGACAGAAUGUUCAGCCACCCUUUGCUGUGUUGCAACAAUUAUGUGCUUGGGCUGGUAAAUCUGACCAGGUGGGUGUGAUUCAUAAGGUGCAGAAGCUUAUCCAAAAGAUUUAUCCUGACGAGUAUCACCAGCAUUUGGGCUUCAAGUAUUACCAUGCAAGUGCUUUAUGUUAUGCCGGUGAUGUCAGGGAAGGGUUGGAGGAACUCACCCAGCUGUACAGCAGCCAACCUCAGGGACAAAAGAAGAUCAAGGACACUGUCACCUUCAUCAUUUACCACAUUAUUAAUUCCAAUAAUGAAGACCAUGAAAAACUGGUUUUCAACUUUGUUAAUAACCUGGCUGUAGGCCAGGGGCAGUUAAGCCCAGCUCUCUCCUUGUGGUGUGCCUGUUUCUCCAGUUCACUUUACAGACUUCAGGUGAUGUCAGAAGUGCUGCUGGAGAGACAUCCUGGACUCAUUAGAAUGCUGGAACGUAAACUUGACAACAUGGUGAGGCGAGCAGCCUGGGAUGGUGAUGAUGAGCUCUUACAUAGAAUUUUACAGCUGACACUUCACUACAAACUCUCUAAAAAGAUAUCAUCUGUCACUAGUACCCUUCUGCAGCUUCAGUGUGACAUUGGAGAUCUUCACGGAGCAGAUGAAACCAUUAAGUUCGCCCAGCGUGUGGGAGUGAGGUUGACACCAUCAACAGUUCAGAGGUUUUUGGCUUUACUCAACCACCACAGACGUCCUGCUCCACUCUAUCUCCUUGCCCUCAAAUAUGGUCCAUCUCCACCAAAGACAUCAGUCCCUAAACCACCUAAAUUUAAGUAUAAAUUUUGAGAGUAAAUUAUUCUUUCUUAA